GGAAGGGAGGAGGGAUAGAGCGAGAGAGGAAAGGAGGAGGGAUAGAGUGAGGGUAGAUGCUGUCAGGCUGAGUUGAGCUCCCAUUCCCUGCUCGCCCACCAUGGCUCUGCUGGCUUUGGCUUUGCCCGCUGUUGACCUCACGACUGCCCUGUUGCUCUGCUCUCUGGUUAUGGUUCUUCUCCUCUUCCUGGCGUCCGGGCGUAAAACUGACCCCCGCUUCCCCGCUGGCCCGGCAGGCCUGCCCAUCAUCGGCAACCUGCACCAGGUCAAACUGAGCCGUCUCCACGAAUCCUUGAUGCAGUUGUCGGAGAAACAUGGCUGUAUAUUUUCCCUGCGGUUGGGUCAGCAGGACACGGUGGUGCUGACGGGUUACGAGGUGGUGAAGGACGCACUGGUCAACCAUGCCGAGGAAUUUAUGGGACGUCCGCAUGACCACGUCAGAAGCAUCCACAGGAAAAACCACGGUGUUGUUAUGGCUGAUGGCGAAUCCUGGAAACAGAUGCGACGAUUUACAUUAUCAACCCUCCGGGAUUUCGGAAUGGGGAAGAAAUCUGUCGAAGAUAAAAUCAUAGAGGAAGCGUCUCACUUAAGUGACGUGUUCCAGGCUUAUGAAGGUCAGCCCUUUGAAACCACGAUUCUGACAAAUGGUGCUGUGGCCAAUGUCAUCUGCUCUAUCCUACUGGGCAACAGAUUUAAUUAUGAUGAUCAGACGUUUGUCAAUCUUAUACGGAUCAUCAAUGAAAACAUUAGGCUGGCAAUAAGUCCAACACUACAGCUGAUCAAUUUCUUGUUUCCGUUCCUGGAUUUUCUGCCGGGCAAACAUAGGACCUUUCUGUCCAAUGAAGAGAUCAUCCGAACCUUCUUGAGGAAAAUACUGAAGGAGAACAGACAGGAUCUGAAUAUAGAUUCCGUUCGCAGUUUCAUUCAAGCCUUCAUGGUCAAGCAACAGGAAGAAUCGGAAAACCCAAAGACCUAUUUUCAUGAGGAGAAUCUGGUGAUGACCACACGCGAUCUUUUUAUCGCUGGAAUGGAGACGACCUCAACCACACUCCGGUGGGCUAUUCUGCUGAUGAUGAAAUUCCCCGAGUUUCAACAGAAAGUCCAUGAGGAAAUCGAUCAAGUGAUUGGGACAGACCGUCACCCGAGGCUGGAAGACCGUAAAGCAAUGCCUUUCACAGACGCCGUCAUACAUGAAACCCAGAGAUUUGGGAACAUUGUCCCAUUGAACCUUCCCCACGCCACAACUGCCGACACAAAUUUCCGAGGAUAUUUUAUACCUAAGGGCACCCGUGUGAUCCCGUUACUGACCUCAGUGCUGUAUGACAAAACACAGUGGGAAAAACCCAAUGAAUUCACCUCCCACUUCCUCGACGUCGAGGGCAAGUUCAGGAAGAGAGAUGCUUUCAUGCCUUUCUCUGCAGGGCGAAGGGCCUGCGCAGGCGAGAGUCUGGCUAAAGCUGAACUCUUUCUCUUCUUCUCGACGCUGAUGCAGAGAUUCCGAUUCCAGCCUCCGCCCGGAGUGACCGACCUUCCCCUCACGGCCAUUGUCGGAAUCACAUCAUCCCCGACACCUUACAAGCUCUGCGCUGUGCUCCGUUAGGAGUUGAGACAAACAACAACCAGAACUGUAUCCCCCUUCACGUGCGAGUGGCGUCUCGGAGACCAAACACACACACAGGGACAAUUAAUAAUAAUAAUAGAAAUCCGUGUAUCUGAUACAACAAUAAUAAUAAGCCUUACAUUUGGUACAGAGUCUUGUCACAUGAUUGAGACUCUCAGAGUGCUUCACAGGAUAUAAUGUAAAGUGUAGUGACUGUGCAUUUUCUAUUUAGUUCUGAUUUGAACUAAUUUUGUAUUGAACGGACAAUUUAAUAAAUGACACAUUUGGUAAAAAAUCA